AUAGGUGAAUUGCAAGACGAACAUUAUUUUAUACAUCCGCCUUGGUCUAUGGUGGUAUGAGUGGACGACGCUGUACCUGAGAAGCAACCAAAUCGUUAUCAUAAUUUGCAAUAUAAUAAAACCCAUUACUUUAUUAUUCAGUCACAGAAGCGGAUUCGAGUAUUCAACCAGCCUACUUUUUAUGUAGAUAACAAUUUUUUGCCAUUUCGCCCGUGGAGUGUGCGUAUUUUAGGCCGUUGGCUGUAUAGCUUCUUACUGUUCUAACUUCUUAAAUUAUUUAAUUGUUCCCACGAAUUCAGGAAUUAAACGUUAUAUUUUUAUUGACACGAUAUCACGUUAAUAUCAUUUUCAUCAUUGUUCACAAAUUUUAUUAAUUUGAUUAAUGCUCAUAAAUUCUAACGUUUAGUUUUUUAUUGAUUAACCAAUUACAUAAUGGCAGUAUCGGCAGCUGCUGCGUUACUCGACGAACUUAUGGGUAGAAAUCGGAAUGAUGGUCCAAAUGCUCAAAAGAAACCGGUGCAUUGGGAAGAUCCUGAGUUUUGUAAAUACUUUAUGGUUAAAUUUUGUCCUCAUGACCUGUUUGUCAAUACUCGUGCUGAUCUUGGAGCUUGUCCAAAAGUUCACUGCGAAGAAGCUAAAACACAAUAUAAUGAAGCUAGUAGCCGUUCUAAAAUGCAAUAUGAAGAUGAGUUUGUGGCAUUUGCUACUAGUUUAUUAAAUGAUGUUGAUCGUCGUAUCGAAAAAGGGAAACAAAGGUUGGAGCUUAUGAAUAAAACUGAAACGCCGGUGUCCCAUUCUAAUAGUCAAAGUCAGAAAAACCAAGAGCAAAUUAAAUUAUUGUCAGAAAAAAUUAAUGGGUUAGUGCAAGAAGCUGAACAAAUGGGUACACGAGGUCAUGUUGAAGAAGCUCAGGGACUUAUGAAGCUUUGCGAUCAACUAAAAGAAGAACGUGAUACUUUGAGAAAGCAAAAUGAAAGCAUUCAUUGGUCACAAACGUAUGAACUAGCUGCUGCUCAAGAAAAACAAAUGGAAGUAUGUGAAGUUUGUGGAGCUUUUUUAAUUGUUGGUGAUGCUCAGUCUCGUAUUGAUGAUCAUUUAAUGGGAAAACAACAUAUGGGUUAUGCUCGUUUAAAAAAUGCAGUUAAUGAAAUACAAGAGCAAAGAAAAAAAUAUGUAGAAGAAAGAGAAAAACAACGGGAAGAAGAAAGAAAAAAACGCAUGGAUCGAACUAGAAGUAACUCUAAAGACAUAGAUAGACAUAGUCGUGAUGCUAAUAUUGACAAGAGAUCUAAAAGCUCCAGAGACAGAUCUCAUCAUAAAAUUGAUAGAAAAUCUGAAAGACAUGAAAGAGAAAGACGGAGAAGUAGAAGCCGUAGUGAUCGCCGUUCUUCUAAUAGUCAUAGGCAUAGAGGGCGUAAUGGCAACAGUCGUAGAGAUCACUAGAAUUUUUUUCAAGACAUGACGUUACAUUCAUAAUUCAGGUUCAAAUAUCUGAGGCAGUGUAUUAUGUUAAAAUGUAUAAACACAAAAUAUACCAUUCUAAAAAAAAGUUUAAGAGGUAACAAUUCAAUAAACAAAUUAUAAUACUUAUGUUAAUAUUUUAUUUAAUGAAAUAAACAAUAUUUAUAAAAAAAAAAAAUAA